UGAGAUAAGCACAUCCCCCAGCAAAAGCUAUACCGACUAAAUAAGUGCAAGUGUUCAGCGGCGCAGUCGAGGUUCAGUCACAGCGGUCAGAUCAGCUUGGGUCUUGGCGCUUUCCCACUCACUGGCCACCGCCUCCCUCCUACCGUUUGGUUCAAAUCCAUCCUAUCUUGCCUUCCCGACAUUCCAUUCUCAACUCUGUCCUCAUCCUCACUCGACACGAUCUCUGUUCAUCUCUGCUCGUCUCUUUCGGAGAAUCCUACUACCUCCGUUCUUUCGAGCUUCAGUACUUGACCUAUUCAGCUGCUCCUUGUCUAUCGUCUCACAUAGCCCGUCAAAAUGGAAGAAGAAGUCGCCGCUCUCGUCAUUGACAAUGGCUCUGGUAUGUGCAAAGCUGGCUUUGCUGGUGAUGAUGCGCCACGAGCAGUUUUCCCAUCCAUUGUCGGCCGACCUCGUCACCAUGGUAUCAUGAUUGGCAUGGGUCAAAAAGAUUCCUAUGUCGGCGAUGAGGCCCAGUCCAAGCGUGGUAUCCUCACCCUCAGAUAUCCCAUUGAGCACGGCGUGGUUACAAACUGGGACGACAUGGAAAAGAUCUGGCAUCACACUUUCUACAACGAAUUGCGUGUGGCUCCUGAGGAGCACCCAGUCCUGUUGACCGAAGCUCCCAUCAACCCCAAGUCCAACCGAGAGAAGAUGACCCAGAUCGUCUUCGAGACCUUCAACGCACCUGCCUUCUACGUUUCCAUCCAGGCCGUUCUCUCCCUGUACGCUUCCGGCCGUACCACUGGUAUUGUGCUCGACUCCGGUGAUGGUGUCACCCACGUUGUCCCCAUCUACGAAGGCUUUGCUCUUCCUCACGCCAUCUCUCGUGUCGACAUGGCUGGUCGCGACUUGACCGACUACUUGAUGAAGAUUUUGGCUGAGCGAGGCUACACUUUCUCCACCACCGCCGAGCGAGAAAUUGUCAGAGACAUCAAGGAGAAGCUUUGCUACGUCGCGCUUGACUUCGAACAGGAGAUCCAGACUGCUUCUCAGAGCUCCAGCUUGGAGAAGUCGUACGAACUUCCCGACGGUCAAGUUAUCACUAUCGGUAACGAGCGAUUCCGAGCUCCCGAAGCUCUCUUCCAGCCAAGCGUUCUCGGUCUCGAAUCGGGCGGUAUCCACGUCACCACCUUUAACUCCAUCAUGAAGUGCGACGUCGAUGUCCGUAAGGAUCUCUACGGCAACAUUGUCAUGUCUGGUGGUACCACCAUGUACCCAGGUAUUUCCGAUCGUAUGCAAAAGGAAAUUACCGCUCUUGCUCCGUCUUCCAUGAAGGUCAAGAUCAUUGCGCCACCCGAGCGUAAAUACUCCGUCUGGAUCGGUGGUUCCAUUUUGGCAUCUCUCUCCACCUUCCAGCAAAUGUGGAUCUCCAAGCAGGAAUACGAUGAAAGUGGUCCUUCAAUCGUCCACCGCAAGUGCUUCUAAACACUCUUCAGACAUUUCGCAUGCUUGAUCCUCCGGAGGGCACGCAGCAACUUCAGACAACCGUGAACGACGUCAAGAUUAUGAUGAGACAAAUGGCAUGCGGAGCAUAGAAUUGUGGUGGCCAAUGCACUUGAUGAAAGGCGACAAAAGUAUUUGUGGAACUGGCACGGAAGUCAGGCGCUUCUGAUACACCAAAUGGGGUCCGGAGCCAUUGGAGCAUGUAUCGAGAGCAACAUCAGACCUUCAAUGAGUAGCACCAUUCCAAUAUUGUCUAGACUGCAAAUGCUGGCUGUCAGUGUUCCAAAUGAAUUCCGAUCUUUAUUCAUAGUCCAUGCGUAAGACAUCCUUGGUAGACUUUUCUUGUUGCUAUCGCGGAAAAUGAUUUGC